AACAAUCAACCUCUGCUCCUUCUGUUAAACAAAAUACCAAAAAAAUAGCUACGUAGGGGGGUCAUCUUUUUUUUAUUUCAUUGCCUAUAAAUAGAUAGACCACCGCCUGUAACAAAAACCAUAAGCAUUUUACGUUAGCUGAUGCAGCAGAAAGGCAGAAGCAAUAACCGUAGAUCAAGAUCCUUUUCUAGAUCCCGUACUGCCGUUGAGGGUCAUUAGUAACAUACACCCCCCUCCUCACAUUGUCACAAUAAUUAUAAUCUUGUUUAAAAAUUAAUUAAAAAAGAUUAUAACAUUUUCGUGUUCUUGAUCAAAUAUCACAAACAAUGGCUCCUGUUAUUUCUGCUGCUGCUGCUGCUUCUUCAGAACAAGAACGUGAUGUUCAGAAGAAUUAUUGGAUCGAGCACACAUCGGAACUCACUGUUGAGGCUAUGAUGCUUGAUUCUAAAGCAGCUGAUCUUGACAAAGAAGAGAGGCCCGAGGUGCUCUCUCUACUCCCAUCAUAUGAAGGGAAAUCAGUGCUAGAACUGGGUGCUGGUAUUGGCCGUUUCACUAGUGAAUUAGCAAAGAAUGCUGGGCAGCUUUUAGCAUUGGACUUUAUUGAAAGUGCAAUUAAAAAGAAUGAAAGCAUCAAUAGCCAUCAUAAGAAUGUCAAGUUUAUGUGUGCUGAUGUGACUUCUCCAGAUUUGAAGUUUUCACCUGAAUCAGUGGACUUGAUAUUUUCAAACUGGCUACUGAUGUAUCUUUCUGACGAAGAGGUCCAGAGUCUUGUGGAGAGAAUGGUAAAAUGGUUGAAAGUUGGAGGCUACAUAUUUUUCAGGGAGUCAUGCUUCCAUCAAUCAGGAGACCACAAGCGAAAGAACAACCCAACUCAUUAUCGGGAACCUAGAUUUUAUACAAAGGUUUUUAAAGAAUGCCAUUUAAAUGCUGGUGAUGGAAAAUCAUUUGAACUUUCUCUCAUCGGUUGCAAGUGCAUUGGAGCUUAUGUUAAAAACAAAAAGAACCAGAAUCAGAUUUGUUGGUUAUGGCAGAAAGUUAAUUCUGAGGAAGACAGGGGUUUCCAGCGUUUUCUGGACAAUGUUCAAUACAAGUGUAGUGGCAUACUGCGAUAUGAACGUGUCUUUGGAGAAGGUUAUGUGAGCACCGGUGGAGUUGAUACCACAAAAGAAUUUGUCUCCAUGUUGGAUCUUCAACCUGGCCAAAAAGUCCUUGAUGUUGGCUGUGGCAUAGGUGGAGGUGAUUUUUACAUGGCUGAGAAUUAUGAUGUUCAUGUUGUUGCCAUUGACCUCUCAAUCAACAUGAUAUCAUUUGCUCUUGAGCGUGCUAUUGGUCUAAAAUGUGCCGUUGAAUUUGAGGUUGCUGAUUGCACAAAGAAAACAUAUCCUGAUGGCACAUUUGAUGUGAUUUACAGUCGAGACACUAUCCUUCACAUCCAAGACAAACCUGCAUUAUUCAGAUCUUUCUACAGGUGGCUGAAACCAGGAGGCAAAGUCCUCAUAAGCGAUUACUGCAAAAGCCCGGGACCAGCAUCAGAAGAGUUUGCAGGGUAUAUUAAGCAAAGGGGUUAUGAUUUACAUGAUGUUGCAGAAUAUGGCCAGAUGCUCAGAGAUGCUGGUUUUGAUGAAGUUAUUGCUGAGGAUCGAACUGAACAGUUCAUUAAUGUUCUCCAAAAGGAGUUAAAUACUGUGGAGAAGGAAAGAGAUUCAUUUAUCCAGGAGUUCUCAGAACAAGAUUACAAUGAAAUAGUUGGAGGUUGGAAAGCUAAGCUAAUCAGGAGUUCAUCCGGGGAGCAGAGGUGGGGUUUGUUCAUUGCCAAGAAGAAGUGAAUAUCAAACUGAAGGAUGUAUCUUGGUUUUCCUUCAUGUCCUUGUAAUCGAUGUACUCGUAUGUUCUUCUGUUGGCCUUGUAAUAAUAAUGUUUUUACAUCUUUAGGGUGUAAUAUCAAGUGUCAGAUUGAAUCAUUAGAUUAUAAAGUUUUUGACUACUACUGUUAUCUUGGAGGGAUUUGUUCUGAA